CCACCCAGAACUCAUGCACCGCGAAGAUGAGGCUUGCGAUGACAUUUGUGCCAGCAGCGCCAUAGAAAAAGUUACCAUUCUGCAGGGAAACAGUAAAGGAAUAGGGGCUAAACUACACAUGGCGUCUCUCGCGAGCGCGGAGCGACGUGCGUUCGCUCUAAAGAUCAACAGACAUUCGUCUGCUGAGAUUCGGAAGCACGUCUAUAGCUCCCCUCAGGUACCCAAGCAACACAGUCGUCAUGGCUCCAACGCAUCUGCCUCCACGUUCUUCACCAUGCCCCAGACUUAUGACGCCGUGGAGCCUUUGGAUCUGGAGGAGUUUCUGAUGUCGCAGCUACGGAGCGGAGACUCUGCCCUCAUGCAGGAGUUUGGAGAUUUCCCCAACGACAACCUGGCAGUGGAACUGGUUGAGAAGGAGUGUCGAACCGUGCGCCACUCCGUGCCCGAGGAGGGAGCGGAGUUGGAUUCCCACGUGAGGGACUGUGCUCAGAGUUACACCCAGCCCUGGUUGGUGGUCAGCAGAAGGUGCCAGGGAGAUGGUUGGAAUGCAUAUUCAGAGCGGUCAAAUCUACACAAAACACUCCUGAAACAGACCUUUGAGUCUGAUGUCCAGCCGGAGAAACAGGAGAUAUCAGUCCGGUCACCCUCCUUGGCAGGUCUCAGUGAUGACUCCCGAAAGACCCUAACCUCCUCUGACUUUGACCUUCGCUCUGGUCUCACCCCUGACCCCAGAGUGGAGGGGCUGCUGCGUUUCAAUAACCAUGAAGACCUUGAUAGGUUUAACCAGGAAGCCCGGCAGACGAACCGCCAUCCAGAGCUUUUCGCCCUGUACCCACCCGCCGACGAAGACGAUGCAGUUGAGAUCCGGCCCAUUCCCGAAUGUCCCAAGGAGCACGUAGGAGACAGGAUCCUCAUCCGAUGCCAAGCCAUCAAAUUUGAGAUUGACAUUGAGCCCCUGUUUGCUACCCUGGCCCUGUACGACCUAAGGGAGAAGAAAAAGAUAUCAGAGAACUUCUACUGUGAUCUGAACUCGGACCAGUUUAAAGGUUUCCUGAAACCCCACACGCCACAGAUUGACCAAUCCACACUUUCCAGAGCUGCCAUCUUCUCCAUCACAUACCCCUCACCAGACAUCUACCUGGUCAUCAAGAUAGAGAAGGUACUACAACAGGGAGAGAUUGGUGACUGUGCUGAACCAUACAUGGUCAUGAAGGAGACUGACUCAGCAAAGAAUAAGGACAAGCUGGAGAAGCUGAAGAGUCAGUCAGAGAUGUUCUGCCAGAGACUGGGCCGCUACAGAAUGCCUUUCGCCUGGGCCACCGUCAACAUCAUGAAUGUCAUCAGCACAGCCACACUGGACCGAGAUACGACGGACAGCUCUGACAGCGUCAGCGGUAAGUCCAGCAGUCUGGAGAAGAGAGGCCAGCUGCCCAGAAGGAACUCUGAGAGGUUCGGUAGCAUGGAGGACCAGUGUAACAUGUCCGCAUUCAAGCCUGCCACCAUCACCAUCAGCACCUUCUGCAAGCAGGAAGGGGACCGUCUGAGCGACGAAGACCUGUUUAAGUUCCUGGCGGACAUCAAGAGGUUCUCGUCCCUCCAGAGGAGAAUUAAAACCAUAUCAGGUACAAUCCGAUUGGACGUCACGCCGGUCCACGACAACCCAGUGGCCAGUCUUUCUACUGAGCUCAUCCCGGUCAAGCCAGUGUCCGAGAAGAACCUACGACCCAUCAAGGAAGUGUUGGAGUUCCCCUCCAGCGAGGUCUAUGUUCCUCACAGCACUUACAGGAACCUGCUCUUUGUGUACCCCCAGCGUCUCAACUUUGUCAACAGGCUGGCUUCAGCAAGGAACAUCACUGUUAAAAUUCAGUUCAUGAGCGGCGAAGACCCCAGCUGUGUGCUGCCUGUCAUUUUUGGAAAAUCGAGCGGGCCGGAGUUUGUGCAGGAAGUGUACACCCCAGUCACCUACCAUAACAAAUCUCCAGACUUCUAUGAGGAGGUGAAGAUAUCGCUGCCUGCCAGGCUGACUGAAAGACACCACCUGUUGUUCACUUUCUACCAUAUCAGCUGUCAGCAGAAACAGAACCAGACGUCCUCUGUUGAGGCCCUCAUAGGAUACUCUUGGUUACCUAUACUGAGUACUGACAGACUACAGACUGGUCAGUACUGCCUCCCCAUCGCCCUGGACAAACUGCCUGUCAACUACUCACUGCACUCACCUGAGAAGAUUCCCACUCAGGUUCCCCCAGUCAAGUGGAUGGAGAGUCACAAAGGAGUGUUUAACCUAGAGAUACAGGCAGUGUCCUCUGUACACACACAGGAUAACCACUUGGAGCGUUUUUUCACGUUGUGCCACGCUCUGGGGGGCGGAGUAACUUUCCCACUCCGGGUUCGGGAAGAGAAGAUUCCGGAGAACAAGCUGGAGCAUGAGCUGAAGCUGAGCAUCAUCUCCCUGUCCUCCUCCAGACUGGAACCUUUGGUCCUCUACCUUCACCUGGUCCUAGAUAAACUAUUCACCCUCAUCAUGCAGCCUAUGGUCAUUGCUGGACAGACAGCCAACCUGGCCCAGAUAGCGUUUGAGUCGGUGGUUUCUAUCGUCAACAGUCUCCAUAACAGCCAGGAGUUGGCCCGUGACCAGCAGGGAAGGAACGGUCUCCUGGCAACGUAUCUGUACUGGGUGUUUCGUCUCCCUGACUCUCCCCGGGAGACGCUUAACCCAGGUCCAGGGGGGGUGGUACCACCUGCCGAGGGCCGUUAUAGUACAAUGGGGCGGGCCUCAGCCACCCAAGUAGGAAGCAUGUUACUACAGUCUCGGAUCCGAAGCAGCAGUAACCCCGACAUACCAGGUCCACACAGCGCAGAGGACGCCGAGGUCAGAAACAUCAUGGACGCUAAGGGCCAGAACAACCCUGGCAGUCGCAUGUCUACCUAUGUGGAUGUCAGCAGCCACCCGCAGAGCUCCACAGGUGGAACCCGGCCCUCCAAUAGAAAGCAAUUCCAUGAGGAGCUGGCUCUACAGAUGGUGGUCAGUACUGGAGUCUGCAGAGAAAACGCAUACAAAUAUGCCUGGUUCUUCUUUGAACUGCUGGUGAAGAGCAUGGCCCAGCAUGUUUGCCAGCUGGAAAAACAUGAUGUCCCUCGCAGGAGCCGCUUCUCUGACCGCUUCAAAGAUGACAUCACCACCAUCGUCUCCGUGGUUACCGCUGAGAUCGGGACCAUCCUGGUCAAACAGCAGAAGGAGUUGGAGCAGGCAGAGAAGGUGAACAUCAGCCUGGCCUUCUUCCUGUAUGACCUGCUGUCUCUCAUGGACCGCGGCUUUGUCUUCAUCCUGAUCAGAAACUACUGCAACCAGAUGUCGGCAAAGAGCGUUUCUGUGCCAGUCUUGAUCAGCAUGCGACUGGAGUUCCUGCGUAUCCUGUGCAGUCACGAGCACUACCUCAACCUUAGCUUGUACUUCAGUAGUCCCGCUUCCGCACCCGCCUCCCCAUGCCCAUCCAUCUCCUCACAGAGUUCCAGUUCGUGUAGUUUACAGGAGCAAAGGAUUCUUGGGCUGUUUGAUCUGUCUCAGGAGUUUAAACAGCAGCACUACCUUACUGGGCUACUACUAACGGAGCUCAGCGCCGCACUGGACAUGGAGUCAGAGGGCGGUAAGGUCCAGAGAAAAGCCAUCAACGCCACCUACAGCUUGCUGUGUGCCCACGACCUGGACCAUCGCUGUGCCCGGCCUGAGGUCAGAGCCAAGGUGGCCACUCUCUAUCUCCCCCUGGUGGGCAUCAUCAUCGACUCCAUCAACUACCUGGACUUCACAGUAUCCGAGGCUCGGGGAGGUAAAAACAAGACCGGUGGGCCGGACGAAGACCCCGACAACGUCCCGCCCAUCAAUCAGUCCAUCGCCAUGGCAAUCGCUGGCAACCCCUUCAACACCUUGGCAAGGAAUGCCCUGGUUUCCAUGGCAUCUGUGUCCGGUAAGGCGGUGGCCACCCUUUCAGCGGAGACCAGCAGGAACCUGCUGGUGUGUUUCCUGUGGGUCAUGAAGAACGCUGAGAGGAGUCUGAUCCAGCGCUGGACCGUAGACAUGCCCCCGGCACAGCUCAACAGGCUGCUGGAGCUCCUCACUAUCUGCGUGUCCUGUUUCGAGUACCGGGGCAAACAGAGCAGCGAUAAGGUGAGCACUCAGGCCUUACAGAAGUCCCAGCAAGCCAAGAUGCAGCUGGAAGACUCCCUGCUGAGAGGCAUUGGAGCCCGGGGGGAGAUGAUGCGGCGGGUCGGAGGAAAUGACCGUGCAGGGCAGAGAGAGAACCUGCGCUGGAGGAAAGACCUCACCCAGUGGAGGCAGACCAAUGAAAAACAGGACAAAACAAAAGCAGAGCUGGACCAGGAGGCUCUGAUCAGUGGGAAUCUGGCAACUGAGUCCAAUCUCAUAGUCCUGGACCUACUGGAGACCAUAGUUCAGGCUGUCCCAUUGGUUGACUGUAAGGACAGUGUCGUGGGCGGAGUGUUGAGGGUGUUGCUUCACUGUCUCACCUGUAAUCAGAGUACAACCUUCCUGUGUCACUGCUUCAGCACGCUGAGAGCCCUAGUCGUCAAGUUUGGUGAGCUGUUGUUUGAAGAGGAAGCGGAGCAGUGUGCGGACCUGUGUCAGAAGGUGCUCCAACACUGUAGCAGUUCUGUGGAUGGGAACAGAAGUCAGGCCUGCGCAACCCUCUACCUAAUCAUGAGAUACAGCUUCAGCUCAGCCAACAACUUCUCCCGGGUGAAGAUGCAGGUCACCAUGUCUCUGGCCUCCUUGGUGGGGAAGUCGGAGGACUUCCAGGAGGAGUACCUCCGCAGGUCUCUGCGUACCAUACUGGCCUACGCCGAGGAAGACAUGGAGAUGCAGAGCACAGCGCUGCCAUCGCAGGUGGAUGAGCUCCUGAGGAACCUGAAUAGUAUCCUGUCAGACACGGUGAAGAUGAGGGAGUUCCAGGAAGAUCCAGAGAUGCUUAUGGACCUCAUGUACAGGAUAGCGAAGGGUUACCAGACGUCUCCUGACCUGAGGUUGACCUGGCUGCACAACAUGGCAGAGAAGCACAAGAACAGGAAGUGUUUCACGGAGUCUGCCAUGUGUCUGGUCCAUGCCGCAGCCUUGGUGGCGGAAUACCUGAGCAUGUUAGAGGACCAUAAGUACCUACCAGUGGGCAGUGUUACCUUUCAGAACAUCUCUCCCAACGUGCUGGAGGAGUCGGCCGUGUCGGAUGACAUCCUCUCCCCGGAUGAGGACGGGGUGUGUUCAGGGCGAUACUUCACCACCAGUGGUCUGGUCGGCCUCCUGGAGCAGGCUGCAGAACUCUUCAGUAGCGGUGGUCUUUAUGAGGCUGUGAAUGAGGUGUACAAGAUCAUCGUGCCUGUCCUGGAGGCUCACAGAGAUUUCAGAGAGCUGGCCACCACUCACCAAAAACUCCAGAAAGCUUUUGACAACAUAAUUCAGAAGGGCCAGAAAAGGAUGUUUGGGACAUAUUUCCGGGUGGGUUUUUAUGGAGCCAAAUUUGGAGACCUGGACGAACGGGAGUUUGUUUACAAGGAGCCUGGGAUCACCCACCUGCCAGAGAUAUCUCAUAGACUGGAGAACUUCUACAGUCAGUGUUUUGGAAAUUCCCUGGAGAUGAUCAAGGACUCUACACCAGUAGACAGAAGCAAGCUGGAUGCUAACAAGGCUUACAUCCAGAUAACGUACGUGGAGCCCUACUUUGAUGACUACGAGAUGAAGGACCGCCUGACAAACUUUGAGAAGAACUUCAACCUGCGCCGUUUCAUGUACACCACACCCUUCACCAAGGCGGGGCGGCCCCGCGGCGAGCUCAAUGAGCAGUACAAGAGGAAGACCAUCCUCACCACCAUGCACGCCUUCCCGUACGUCAAGACGCGGAUCAACGUCAUCCAGAAAGAAGAGUUUGACCUGACUCCCAUUGAGGUGGCCAUUGAGGACAUGCAGAAGAAGACCAGGGAGUUAGCGUUAGCCACACACAAGGAGCAACCCGAUGCUAAGAUGCUCCAGAUGCUUCUACAGGGAUCUGUGGGAGCCACUGUCAACCAGGGACCGCUGGAGGUGGCCCAGGUCUUUUUGAAUGAGAUCCCUGCGGACCCCAAGCUCUUCCGUCACCACAACAAAUUGCGCCUGUGUUUCAAAGAGUUUAUCAUGAGGUGCGGCGAGGCCGUGGAGAAGAACAAGCACUUGAUCACGCCGGACCAGAAAGAGUACCAGCAGGAGCUGAAGAAGAACUACAAUCGCCUGAGAGAGAAUCUACGGCCGAUGCUUGAGAGGAAGAUACCCGAGCUCUACAAACCCCUCAUCAAGCCGCGCCUGGAGAACAGGGAUUCCAUCAAGCGGCUCAGUUUCCGCAGGGCCCUUGAGGAAAACCCCUGAGAAGGACAGACUCGUCUGCGGCAGAGAACACAGGUAGCUGUAAAAGAGGACAAGUAGGUGACAAGUGGGGAGGAAGCAAGCGGUCUUCAUUCAUCGAGGAAGAGCAGUAUACGCGUGAUUCCACCAUGGAGAACCUUCAGUCAUGUCUGGAUUAAUACGUUGCCAUUUCAUGUUUGUUGGUUUUUUUCUUACAGGAAACGCAGUAUGUUGUAUGAGAGAACAAUGAGCACAUUUUAUAGGAAAAGUUGACUUAAACAUUUUGCCAAUUUGAACUAAUUUUUUCCCCCUGUUAUUAGUUCUCUUCAGUUCUUUGCAUACUGAGAGUUCUAAUGAUACUGCCGACUGUUUGAGAAAGAAGGGUAAAAGUCCCAUAUUAAGAUCCUUGCAGGCCCAGGGACUGAAUAGUGCGAGUGCGAGUGCGCGUGUGUAUGUCUGUGUGUGUGCGCAGACUGCUUGUGGAACAAGGUAUAUUUUUUCAGUGUCCUGAUAAAGAAUGAAUUAAAUCUGCCUCCUACUAAAUGACUGAUGAUAAAUCACUCUGUUUAUUGCAGAAAGGCCUUUGGACUUGCACUUGUGUCCGUGCAAAUCUACAUACUGUCACACUGUAAAAUAAAACUACUCAGUUAACUUGUGAUGUUAUAUUUUAUGUAUGUUUUCUUGACCUGAUUGGCUAUGUAGAUACUACCAGUGAUUAAUUUAUUAUGAGUUCACAAACGAGUCAUGGUACAUAGAACUUCUCUAAUGCCACUACCUACCAAACCAAAAAGGGGCAUAGCUGCGUUUAAACAGGAACUUAAAUGCUACACAGAUGACUUGUUAGAGAAUACGAAUAAAAUGUUUACAGUUCUCAUAAAUAUUUAAUAACUUUCUUAAUUAAAAAAUUAUAUUUAAGAUAAUUUACAAUGUCAUCACUAGCUGUAGCAAUACCAAUAUUGAAACAAUGUUGGUUACUUUGACUGGAUGUGACAGUCUGUGCACAUAUCUAGAUUGUUUAAAGCAGUGUUUCCCAAUCCUGGUCUUGGGGACACCAAGGGGUGAACGUUUUUCAAAAUAAAGACUUGGUAUGUUAACAACGUCAAUCAAGUGUGUGAGUGGUAGCGCAACAUUUGAAUCAGGUGGGUGAGUGCUAGGGCAAAAAACAUAGAUGUGCCCCUUUGGGGUCCCCGCGACCAGGAUUGGGGCACACUGGUGUAAAUACUUUCAUGAAAACUAUGUAUUAGGAUGCUAACACGGUGCCAUACUAAAGACAUCCUACAAUGUUUACUGUAAUAAGACAGGUUUUAAAGUAUUUGCUCAGAUUAGGCUCUUAAUCUUGUCUGUUUUUUAAUGUUGAUGUGAUGUUGCAGAAUGUCAUGCAUUCCAGUAUAGAAAUCCAUUGCAAUACUACUUGGAAAACUGAGUGCAAAGCCCAAUGAGCAUUCUCUCAAAUUCUACUCUUGUUACAAUGUAGCCACAUUACAGGACAGUAAGUUACAAAAGGUAUUGGACAUACAGUGGCCAACUAAUAAGCACUGGAACCUGUUUUUGAGUUUUUGUUCUGUUUGUCAAUGCUUUAAUGAAUAUUUGUCAUUUUAGUAAAAUCAUGUACACAUUAAUGUCAUACACUUAAUGCAAUUAAACUUAAAAUCUG